AUGAUGCUGCAUGUGCUCGGCCGUCGCUCGCGGCGCGCCGCCGCCCCGAUGCUCCGCGCGGGCCUCUCGACCGAGGCCGAGGCCAAGGCCGACGACGCCAGCUCGUUCACCAACAUCCUGCGCAACCUCCGCGCGAGCGAGCACUUUGACCUUGUCGUCAUUGGCAGUGGCCCAUCCGGCCAAAAGUGUGCGAUCGACAGCGCCAAGCACGGCAAGAAGGUCGCGAUCAUCGACAAGAAGGACAUGCAUGGCGGCGU